AAGAAAACCGGCGCUGAUUUUGAACUUUGAAGAAGAAUGUGCAAACUUUAUCAGGCAGGUGUGGCUUUGCUGCCGCUGGUGUUGGAAUAAACAUCUAACCUCUGCUUUUAGUAUCGGACGUUGUCACGUUACAUGUCAGCCGCACUACCACAGGAACAACUUUGCACAGCUUAUGUCAACUUUAGCUAACCCAGCUGCAGUAAGACACGAUGGAGUCGUCUGUGGUGAACCUGUACAACCAGUUCCAGAGUCUGAGAGCCCAGAUGGAAGGUCUGAAUGAGGGCAUUGAACCACAAUUCCUCCAGAUGGCCGUGAACUUUGAGGAAUGCCGUAAGAAGUGGCUGCUGGCCGAUGAGGAUCUGGUUUCCUGUAAAGAGAUGCUGGCUAAAACAGAGACUGAGAGGGGAGCCCUGGAGGUCAAACUAAAGCACGCUCGCAACCAGGUGGAUGUGGAGAUUCGGCGGCGGCAGAAGGCUGAAGCAGUCUAUGAGAAGCUGGAACGUCAGCUACAGCUAAUUCGGGAGUUGCUGAUAUCUGAGAACAAUGGCAGCAGUGUCCUCCUGAGUGAGGAGCAGCGCUCCGCCCUGGCCUUCCUCAGUGCCCAUUCCCAGGCAGCACAGGCUGCUAAAAGUAACCUCAACUCCAGUCGAAGGUUAACUACCAUCGAUGAAUCGGCUUCUUUGCUGUCAGACAUCAGUUAUGACCAAACAGAUGAAUCUCUGGACUGGGACGCCUCUGCGAUGAAGACUGUAAGACUGCGUAAACGGCAGAAACGACGUUCCUCCAGGAAACUUUCUGAGCUUCCUCCACAGACAGUGAAGAAACCUCGCUCCACUGGACGCACAUCAGAUAGGAUGAAUGAGUCUAUAGUGGCCAAAACGACCAUCACUGUGCCUGUGAAUGGUGGUGCUGUUGAGGCUGUGUCCACCAUUGAAACUGUGCCUUACUGGACACGCAGCAGAAAGAGUGCGGCUCAAACAUGGGUCGAUACAACCACCACUGACCAAUCUGAGACUGCCAGUGAGGCUCCCAGCACCCCGGUCUCAGAUUUCCCAGCCCAACUCCGAACCCUCCGAGGUAAUGGAGCAGGAGGGAAGAAGCACCACUUCAUUACCAAAACCGUGAUCAAGUCUGAGUUCUGUGCUCCAUGUGGAAGAAGGACAAAGUUUGGCAAGAUGUACCUUCGCUGCCAGGACUGUAGGGUGGUGACCCACCCUGAGUGUCGUGACCGCUGCUCCCUGCCUUGUAAUCCCACAGCUGUUGGCACUCCCAUGAAGGGAGGUACAGAGGCCACCCUGGCUGACUUUGCUCCAGUCACCUCACCUAAAAUCCCAGCUUUGGUUAUCUACUGCAUUAAGGAGAUUGAAAACAGAGGCCUACAUGAGGUCGGCCUGUACAGAAUCUCUGGCCACGAGCGCUUGGUGAAAGAGCUAAAGGAGAAGCUGAUCAGAGGAAAGACUCUGCCUCCGCUUAACAAAAUAGAAGACAUUAACGUCAUUACAGGUGUCCUCAAAGACUUCCUCAGAAACCUUCCAGAGCCACUGCUCACCUUCCACCUCAACAAAGUCUUCAUGGAAGCCGCUGAAAUCCAAGAUGAUGGCAACAGUCUCGCCAUGUUGUAUCAGACCAUCAGUGAACUGCCUCAACCCAAUCGAGACACACUGGCCUGCCUGAUGAUCCAUCUGCAGAAAGUCUCUCAGUGUGUUGACACCAAGAUGGAUGUGAACAACCUGGCCAGGGUGUUUGGCCCUACACUUGUGGGUCAUGCUGUUCCCGACCCAGACCCUAUGACCAUCCUGCAUGACACAAACAGACAGCCAAGGGUAAUAGAGCGCUUGCUCAGUAUUCCAGCAAAGUACUGGGGACAGUUUGCUUAUCCAGAUAAUACAGGCAUGGACAAUGCUCACCACACUGACACUCCAGACCACAAAGUGAGCAUAUUGGGACCAGUGACCACUCCGGAGCACCAGACGAUGGUCAAAACACCCUCCUCCAGCUCCCUGUCCCAGCGCGUGAUGCACACCCUCUCCAGCACCACCAUAUUUGGAAGCAAGAGCAAAGCAUCUGCUGCCUCCAAUCGCCAGGGCAACUUCUUCGCUUCACCACAGCUGAAGUAAUGGCAAACAAUGGAGGAAAAAAGGAAAAAAAAAAAAAAAAGAGUUCACCCAUGUUGUAUUUCUGAGUUACUUAUUGCAAUAACUGAGUGUAUAUUCACGCAAUCAUGUGGAAAAACUACUGUGCAAUUUUAUCAUAUAACAGUUUUAUUAUUUUUUUUUAAUCGAGUAUUUUAUGCAAGUCUUUCUAACCAGAUUCUUUAUAUAUAUAUAUAUAUAUUCCUGCACGCAGUGUUUAAGUGAGUUGUUUUUUUUAAAAAAAACAUCUUUGAUUACUAAUGAUUUAUUAUUGACCAAAACUGUGGUGACUAUGCGAUUGUAAGAGGUUUGAGGGCUUUAAUGAGCAAGCAACCAUUCAAAACUUCUGCUUUGUGUUUAACACGUGGGACUGAUGUUCAGAAGCUAUGCAUUCACUGGUGUUGGUCCAUCUUUCAAGCUGUGGUUGUAACCACGGCAACAGGGAUGUUCAAGCAUAUGUGAAACACACAGCCUGAACAAAGAGAAAAAAGUUAACGGCCAGAGUGUUUGUUUUUUUUUUUUUGGUUGUUUAUUUUUUUGGGCUGUGUUUGCCUUGGCAUUGUCCUGAAACUGAUAUCUUAAUUGUUUUCUUGAUUUGACAUUUUUGUUUUAUAUUUAUGUUGAAUGUGUGUAACAAUGUAUACCAAUCAUAACAUUUUAUAUGCUUUAACAAUACUAUACACUGAUACUAACUGGGAAAAAAUGUUGCAUUUUGCACUGUAUCUGCAACAAUCUGAAUGUGUUAUCUACCAGGGAGAAUGCACCACUAGAGGCUGCUGCUGCACCACUUUUCAUGUGCAAGGCUUAACCAAUAUAAAAGGUCUACUGUAUAUUAUGCACACAACCCAUCAGCCUUACUGACUUAUAUUGACUUAUCAUCACAUCACUGGAAAUACUGUAAGUUUUUUCUUGUGAUUUUUGAACAGUUGAGCCAUUAUUUUCACAUUAAAAUUCUUUAAGUUUUGAAUGUGAAAACUGAUUUUCAUGCACACUUUGAUUUUUUGUAUCCACAGUACCUUUCUUGUACAGUUACAUCACCAGUAUCGCACAUGAAGUGAUAUUUCCUCUGAGGAAACUUCUUUUGUCUGCUGCUCUCACUGUCACCUUCAUGCUCCAGAUUUUAGCACGAUGGUGACUUUACUGGUUCAGCCUUUAUUAGAGGAGAAAUGUUGAAAAGCUGAUUGACAGUGCUGAGACAUUAAAACCAAUGAAGAAAAAUAUUUCAGGUUUUAAGACUUCAUUAAUAACACAUUAUAUUUUAUAUGCUCUUGUACAUUUAUUCCUUUAUAUGAUUCUAUUUCUCUAUUGAAAUCUUGUCCAUCUGGCGAAGUUACUUUCACACAAGAUUUUCUCUACUGAAUGUUAGCGAUCAUUCCUUUGUAUUAGCUCAAACAACAUCACGGUUGAGCUGAAAAUAAAACAUCAAAAGACUGGU